GAACAACACAACUGCUUCGACUCAACGGAUCACCGUAGCUGUCUUCGCGGCCCCGCAACGAGAGAACCGACGACGAGCUCGUGUCGUCCCUGGUUGAAGGAGACGCAGUUCGUCGCACUUCAUGCUUGUUUCAGACGGCUUUGCCUUGCCGACAAUCGAUUCUUGGACUUUCUCCUGCAGACCAUCACUCUGCUGGCAAUCUCGCCCGAACACGCCGAUGGCCAGCAAAGAUGAUGAACGAUGUGGAACCCGCAAGUCUCGCUAUAUAAUACCCUCUACCGUCGCACCCACUCCAGUUCUCCGUCAUGUCCUCUCCAGAAAGCACCAGUAAACUACAACGCGGCCAAGCAUGUUUCAAUUGCAGACGACGUAAGAGA